CGCCCCGCCCACGCGCGGGGAAGCCGCCGACCUUCGCCCUGGCCGCCCUCGCGCUGCCAGCCGUCCUUACGGACACCCGGGAGAGCAUGUGGAUUAACUGAUGGCCGACGAGUACAUGGAGCCAGCCUUUUGUAACCUGCUCUUCCAACAGUUUCUAAGAAGAAAAGGGAGCUCUUAAAUCUAAGAAAAUGCCUCGCACGAAGCAGAUUCAUCCCAGAAAUCUCAGAGACAAAAUCGAAGAAGCACAAAAAGAGCUUAACGGGGCAGAAGUUUCCAAAAAAGAAGUCUUAGAGGCUGGCGUUAAAGGAACUUCUGAGUCUCUUAAAGGUGUGAAACGAAAAAAGAUUGUUGCUGAGAAUCACCUGAAAAAAAUACCAAAAUCCCCCCUGAGGAGUCCUCUUCAGACAAAACACAAGCAAAACCCAGAAGAGCCACCGUUCAGUGUCCUCCCAAGCGUAGCAGAGUCUCAUAAGAAACACAACUGUGUCCCUGCUAAACAGGGGAGGCAAUUUACCAAGCAAAAUGGAGAAACACCAGGGAUGACUGCUGAAUCCUCAGAAUCUGGAGACUCGGUCUCCCCAAAGAAAGCCUCAUCUCCUCACCACCGGUCAGAACUGCGGAGAUGGAGNUCGGAGGGUUCAGACCCAGCCAGGCUCAGUGGCCUUGAUGGGCAGCAGGACUCCAGCUCCUCGUCCACUAAAGCCAGGACUGACAAUAGUGAAUGUAGCUCUCCUUGCUGUAGCGCCACGCCCCCCUCCUAUACAAGUACCGCGUUCGAUGUCUUACUGAAAGCAAUGGAGCCAGAACUNAGCACCUUGUCACAAAAGGGCUCAUCUUGUGCAAUUAAGACAGAAAAACUGAGACCAAAUAAAACUGUAAGAUCCCCUUCUAAAUUAAAGAACAGCUCCCUGGAUGCNCCAAAUGCUANGUCCCCAGAACUGGUUGUNGAAUCGCCGUGUCCUCCGUGUACCUCGUACCCAGUACAUGUGGCCUCCACUCAGAAGAGUGAACAAGUGGCAGCUCAGUGUGUUUCUCACCUGUACAGCUCACAGGAUCACCUUGUUCCCAAACUUAGCCAACAGAAUCAGCAGCUUCCGGGGCACCUGGGCUUCACAGGCUCACUGACAAACCUGCACACCCUUGAGAGCACUAAACUUGAGCCGAUCUAUAAUACAGCAAUGACAUCCACUGUAGGUCUCACUUCUCCCUCCACUAGAACUCAGGUCACUCCUCCACACCAGCAAAUGGAUUCUGUGUCACCUUUGUCAGUAAGCCCUGCCAGUUCCACACAGUCGCCCCCNGGGCCAAUUUACAGCUCAACCCAUGUUGCUUCUGUUGUCAGUCAAAGUGUAGANCAAAUGUGCAGUCUCCUUCUUCGAGAUCAGAAGCCAAAAAAACAAGGCAAAUAUAUCUGUGAGUACUGCAAUAGAGCAUGUGCAAAGCCCAGCGUGCUUUUAAAGCACAUCCGCUCCCACACUGGAGAGCGGCCCUACCCCUGUGUGACUUGUGGGUUUUCAUUUAAGACUAAAAGUAAUCUGUAUAAGCACAAGAAAUCCCAUGCACACACCAUCAAACUGGGCCUUGUCUUACAACCAGAGGCUGGGGGGUUGUUCUUAUCCCAAGAGUGCCCCAAAGCACUUAGUGUCCAUUCGGNCAUUGAAGACAGUGGGGAGAGCGAUGAAGAGGGGCUUGCAGAUNGGAGACAGAACAACCCAUGUGUCAAGGACCUGCAACCUGUGCAAACAAUGAAGACGGUAUCGAAUCCUGAAGCUUUACCCAAAUUGAUACCAAGCAAUUCAGAUCAUGUGGUCCNUGGCUUCUCUUCACAGGACAGACCUUCAGAGUCACAAGCCCNGACAGAGUUACCAAAGGUUGUGGUCCAUCCAGUAAGCAUGCCCCCCUUGAAAACUGACUGUCUUCAGGUGGCCAAUCCCAAUCCUGAACUUCCUAGUCCACAGAGCCCGAGGGACCUUCAUGUUGCAAGCAUACUGUCACAUUCAGCCAGUGUGUCAUCCCUAGAGAUGGAUGAGUCGUGCCAUCAGAAAGGGGAUGUGAGUCAGUCAGAAGGGAAGCCAGAUUCUCACAGUGGAACAGCACCUCUCCAAACCAUUGUUCUUCCGAGUGUGAACACAGUGCCGUUUCAGGCUCCGAGGCUCCCCGAUAUGGCUUCUGCAGACUGCCCUGCACAUACUGUGCACCCCCAGGCCCUGGCUAAAGAUCUUCAGGCAGAAAUUUCAAGUUCCAGCUCUNCGGACACAUUUCCUCCUCAACAACUUUUUGGUGCCCAUUUAUUAAACAAAACCAAUACACCCCUUAGUCACCAAAACACACCACUGCCUCUGCCAGUGUCUGCACAGGGUGGCAAACCAGAUGCAGCACCCACUGCAUGUGUGUCUUCGACAGGGGAUGGUAGCUUUGCUCCCAAGUACCAGCUUCAGUGUCAGGCCUUCACUUCAGGCCAGGGCUGCUCUGCUCCUNCUCUGCGUUCUUCACCUAAUCAAGUUCUUCCAGGUCAAGCUGGAGCAGAUCCGUGCCCAGCGUCAGAAGCACCGUCAGCCAAAGCAGCAGAUCCCGUGGCUAAACCCUGCCCUCUGCCGCCGCUGGAGCUCGGGCUCCCGAGGGAUGAGGGGCUGCAGAAGCAGCUGCCCUCCUUUGUGCUGCCUGUGCCCCAAAAGAGGAAUGUGACAGUGGACUGUUUCACUCCUGUCACAUCUCUGCCACAGAUCUUAGUGACCCAGGAUCUGUCCAACAUGCCAAUUUGCCAAACUAAUCAAAGUCUAGUGCCAGUCAGCGAAGAACAAAAUUCCAUGCCAAAAUCACAGAACUAUCUCCAAAAUGCAUUGCCAACACCAGAGAAGGAUCUUGCAUGCAAAACUGUUCUCCCAGAGAUGGGCCAAAAUGUUCCAGUUUCAGAAUCCUCGCCGACGGUUCAGAAGGCGUCUGUUGGUAGACUCUCCCCACAACAAGAAUCCUCAGCCUCGAGUAAAAGGAUGCUUUCCCCAGCAAAUAGUUUAGACAUUGCCAUGGAAAAGCAUCAGAAGCGGGCUAAAGAUGAGAACGGAGCUGUUUGUAGCACAAACAUAAGACCGCUGGAGCUGNCAAGCUCAAGAGCUAAUGAGAGCCAUAAACAAAAGAAGCCAGUUCUGGUAAGGCAGCUCUGUACUACAGAGCCCCUUGAAGGAGCGGCACUGGAACAGGAUGCUUGCUCUGCCUCUGGAAGGAGCAGCAAUAAUGCUGCUAAUUUGACUCAAGUUUUACCAACUGAUAAUCUGUCAUCCAGACCCUCUACGUUUNCAGUCACAGACCAUGUCAAUGAAUUGCAGGAGUUUAAAAACACCAAGUUGUCCACNUCUCUGACUCCUACAGUGGGAAGUUUCCCUGCUCCAUCGGAAAGUGCCUGUGUUUUGCCUUUGAAGUCUAUAGACAACAACCAGGAAAAGGGGUUGCCAGGGGUUAGAAAUGAAGAGAACAAGGUCAUCNAAGGGCAGAGGCAGCCUGUAGUGUCUGGUCUUUCAUUGGUGAGCAGCUCAGACACUCAACAGCCGUCAUUCCCCAGCCUCAAGACUGCAACCAGCUUUACAUGGUGUUACCUGCUGAGACAGAAGGCAUUGCCGUUGGCUCAGAAUGACCAGAAAACUUCAGCCUAUACAGGGUGGACNGUAAGCUCCAGUAACCCAAAUCCACUUGGUUUGCCUACAAAAGUUGCUCUUUCUCUUCUUAAUUCUAAACAGAAGACUGGAAAGUCACUGUAUUGCCAAGCAAUAACCACCCAUUCAAAAUCAGAUUUAGNGGUCUAUUCAAGCAAGUGGAAAAACAACUUAAGCAAGAGAGCAUUAGGUAAUCAAAAGGCCACAGUAGUUGAAUUCAGCAAUAAAGAUGACUCUGAAAUUAACAGUGAGCAAGAUAAAGAAAAUUCCUUAAUCAAAAGUGAACCAAGAAGAAUUAAAAUAUUUGACGGAGGAUACAAGUCAAAUGAGGAUUACAUGUAUGUGCGAGGCAGGGGAAGAGGGAAGUACAUUUGUGCAGAGUGUGGAAUACGCUGUAAGAAGCCUAGUAUGUUAAAGAAGCACAUCCGAACCCACACAGACGUGCGCCCCUACCACUGCUCCUACUGCAACUUCUCCUUCAAGACGAAAGGAAACCUGACAAAACACAUGAAGUCCAAGGCGCACAGUAAGAAGUGUGUGGAUUUAGGCGUCUCAGUGGGCUUGAUAGACGAGCAGGACACAGAAGAAUCAGAUGAAAAGCAAAGAUUCGGUUGCGAGCGGUCUGGAUAUGAUCUUGAAGAGUCUGAUGGCCCAGAUGAGGAUGAUAAUGACAACGAAGAGGACGAUGACGACAGCCAAGCAGAGUCUGGCCUCUCAGCAGCACCCUCAGUCACAGCGAGCCCACAGCAUCUCCCAUCCAGAAGUGGCCUUCAGGACCCUGGGAGUGUCGAGGAGGAGCUUAGAGUUUCCAGUUGCUUCUCAGGGGUACAUACAGACCCAAUGGACAUUCUACCUAGAGCACUGCUCACCAAGAUGACUGUUNUGAGCACAGUGCAGAGUGACCCUAACAGGACAGACUUACCAGCAAAGGCCAGGCAGAGUACUGNGAAGGAUGAGCAUGAGCAGGCUCCUCCUGCCGACAUCCCCAGGUCCCCCNAAGUCACCCCCAGGUCCCCCAGUCAUCAGCUGUCUGUGCAUUCCUNUGAAUCCGAUGUCCUGAGAAGUCCUGCAGCUGGAAACCCUGCCGCUGGAAGCCCUGUGGCUACAGUACAGGAUUCAUCAUCUGUGGAACUGCCUCCUGCCGUAGCCCAGCUCAACCCUCAGCAGGCCGCCAGGAUUUCUUCCUCAGCCUCACCUCACCCUGACAGUCAAGACCAGAAGCAACAAAUACUCUUGCAACCACCUCCCGGCUUGCCUUCCCCGCAGACACAUCUGUUCAGCCAUCUCCCNUUGCAUUCCCAGCAGCAGUCAAGGACCCCAUACAACAUGGUUCCCGUAGGNGGAAUCCAUGUGGUGCCUGCCGGCCUCACCUACUCCACUUUUGUACCCAUACAGGCNGGGCCAAUGCAACUGACCAUCCCCGCUGUGAGUGUUAUUCACAGAACCGUGGGCACCUCUGGGGAUACCAUCACUGAAGCUUCGGGCGCUCCUAAUCGCCCCACCGGAGUGGCNGAAUUGAGCAGUGUGGUGCCCUGUAUUCCCAUAGGCCAAAUCCACGUGCCAGGCCUGCAGAACUUAAGCCCCCCAGCCUUGCAGUCGCUUACGUCCCUGGGGAUGGAAACAGUCAACCUGGUGGGCCUGGCAAACGCUACCGUUGGCCCGCAGGGGCACCCCCCGGGCCUGGCCCUCAACGCAGUGGGGCUCCAGGUUUUGGCCAAUGCGCCCGCCCAGAGCAGUCCCGCCCCACCGGCACACAUUCAGGGACUCCAAAUCCUCAACAUCGCCUUGCCCACCCUGAUCCCCUCCGUUGGCCCGGUGGCUGUGGGCACCACGGGGACUCCCGAGANGGCCGCUCCCAACAGCAAAGCAAUGGAGCUGCAGAUGCCCGCAGGCCAGGGACACAGUGCUGAGCCUCCACAGGGGUCACCCGAAGGCCCUCAGGAAACCCCACAAACAAUGUCAGGUCCCUCAGCGGACCACGCAAGNCCUGAAGGCUCAACCAAAAUGGACACCACGAAGGGGCCCUCUGCGGGUCACGUGUUGCCUGGGCGCUCCCCUGCGCAGGCACAGCCAGCACCCACACUGGAAGCUUUACAGAAAGUUGAAACUUCAGCCCCUCCAUCACUUCCCACAGACAGAGCGGCCCCCAGGCCCCCAGUGCCCCACAGGCAGCCCAUUGUACACUUCAGCGAUGUGAGCAGCGAUGAUGACGAGGACAGGCUUGUCAUAGCAACCUAAUGGUUUGUUUUUUACUGAUUUUUUUUUUUUUAUAACAGGUUUUUUUGAAAAACCCUCCUUUCCUUAAAGCACAUUUUUUCUGACAUAAACUCAUGACUAAUCUUUGUGCAAUCAUGAACUUUUGACCAAUAAUUGUUGUUUUGUGUUAGCCCCAACCAUUUUUGUAUAUGUUGUAUAGACAAUUGUGCCUUUUAGAAGUUUUAUGUUUAGAAUCUGUACAGAUGGUUGAAUAUCUAUAUACAUACAAUGUUAUAUAUGUAUAUGAAAACCAGGUAGUUGUGUUUAGUAGAAACUUGUCAAAUAAAUCAGAUGANUAAAUGAUAUGUUGCACUGUUAAAUAUAAAUUUUUACGGCUGUGGGGCAGUUUCUGUGUAUAAAUUAGUAUGUAAACCUCAUAUUUAUUNUAUUCAUAUUAGUCUUUGCAAAUGGAUCUGUCAUUGUGUGAGACAGUAACUGUACACUUCAGACAGAUUUUCUGUGUUAUGAACUGUUUCAGUAAAUACUGUUCACAGGCUUUA